CCCCAAAUUUUUUUUUUCAUCACACUAUAAAGGCAAAAUAAAUAUCCCGCUAUCCCAGAAAAACCCAAAAUCUGUGAUUAUGUACGCAUUGAUGUCGCACCUCUGGGGGCAUGCUUAAUUGGAAGAGAGCUAGGGUUUCUUCAGCUGAUUGAUUGAUUUCCCUGUUCGAAUGGUUCAGAGUUUAGGGUUCGUUUGAUGAUUGAGUUAUGGCAUUCGUUUACAUACCGGUGCAGAAUUCAGAGGAGGAGGUGAGAGUGGCGCUUGAUCAACUCCCCCGCGACGCUACCGAUAUUCUCGACAUUCUCAAGGCGGAGCAAGCUCCACUCGAUCUCUGGCUCAUAAUCGCUAGGGAGUACUUCAAACAAGGCAAAAUAGAACAAUUUAGACAGAUAUUAGAAGAAGGAUCCAGUCCUGAAAUUGAUGAUUAUUAUGCAGAUGUAAAAUAUGAAAGGAUCUCCAUUCUAAAUGCUUUGGGGGCAUAUUACAGCUACCUUGGGAAAAUUGGGACUAAACAAAGAGAAAAGGAAGACUAUUUUAUACAGGCCACGAAGUACUAUAAUAAGGCAUCAAGGAUUGACUCGCAUGAGCCUUCAACCUGGAUAGGGAAAGGCCAGCUUUUACUGGCAAAGGGAGAUGUUGAGCAGGCAUUUAAUGCCUUCAAAAUUGUAUUAGAUGGAGACCGUGAUAAUGUCCCUGCGCUUCUUGGUCAGGCAUGCAUUCACUUUAGCCGUGGUCGAUUUUCUGAUUCAUUGGAGUUGUACAAGAGAGCAUUGCAAGUCCAUCCUUGGGCUCCCUCUGUAAGAAUUGGCAUAGCUCUCUGCCAUUACAAAUUGGGUCGUUUUGAAAAGGCAAAGCAAGCAUUUUAUCGUAUUCUACAGUUAGAUCCAGACAAUGUUGAAGCUCUUCUAGCUCUUGGAAUUUCAGAUUUGCAAAGUAAUGAAGCUGUUGGUAUCAGGAACGGCAUGGAAAAGAUGCAGGCAGCUUUUGAGAUUUACCCUUACUGUGCAACAGCAUUAAAUUAUCUUGCUAAUCAUUUCUUCUUCACUGGCCAACAUUUCUUAGUUGAGCAACUCACUGAAACUGCACUUGCUGUAACUAUGCAUGGCCCAACAAAGGCACAUUCUUACUACAAUUUGGCUCGCUCUUACCACAGCAAGGGGGACUAUGAAAAGGCAGGAAUGUACUAUAUGGCAUCUGUUAAAGAAAGCAACAACGCGGACGAGUUUGUAUUACCUUAUUAUGGUUUGGGACAGGUCCAACUUAAAUUAGGAGACCUACGAAGUGCUUUGACCAAUUUUGCAAGAGUCCUGGAGGUUCAACCAGAAAAUUGCGAGACACUGAAAGCUCUUGGACAUAUUUAUAUUCAGCUUGACCAGAAUGAGAAGGCCCAAGAACUAUUUAGGAAAGCCUCCAAAAUUGAUCCUCGAGAUCCUCAGGCAUUUCUUGAUCUCGGUGAUAUGUUAAUAUCAACAGAUAUUGCUGCUGCUUUAGAUGCCUUUAAAACUGCUCGUAAUCUACUGAAAAAGGAGAAUGAGGAAGUACCUCUAGAUCUGCUUAACAAUAUUGGCGUUCUUCAUUUAGAAAGAGGAGAAUUUGAGCUUGCCAGCGAAGCAUUUAAGGAAGCUCUAGGAGCUGGGAUUUGGUGCAAUUUUUUUGACGCCGAAGGGGAUUCCAUUUUAAACAUGGCACAACCAGAUGUUAAAGGAGUCCGAGCUAAUUUAAUAAACAGUGCACAAUACCCUGUUGAUGCCAGCGCAAGUAUUCAUCAGUAUAAGGACUUACAGUUAUUCCAUCGGCUUGAGGAUCAGGGCCUAUCGAUGGAAAUUCCUUGGAGUAAAGUUUCGACAUUAUUCAAUUUAGGUAGAGUGUUCGAGCAGAUGCAUAACACUGAAUCAGCUAGCAUGCUAUACCGCCUGAUAUUAUUUAAGUAUCCAGACUACACAGAUGCUUAUUUGAGGCUUGCUGCCAUUGCAAAAGCUCGAAACAAUGUCCAAAUUUGUCUCGAACUGAUUGGUGAUGCCCUGAAGGUGGAUGAGAAGUGCCCCGAUGCUUUGUUAAUGCUUGGUGACUUGGAGCUUAAGAAUGAUGACUGGGUCAAGGCGAAAGAAACUUUCGUGGCAGCUAAGAACUCAACUGAUGCAAAAGAUUCUUAUGCUGCAGUUUGUCUGGGCAAUUGGAACUACUUUGCGGCAAAUCGCAAUGAGAAAAGAGCUCCCAAGUUGGAAGCUACACAUUACGAAAAGGCCAAGGAACUGUAUACAAAAGUUCUGCUGCAGCAAUCUGCUAACCUCUAUGCCGCCAAUGGUGCUGGUAUGGUAUUUGCAGAAAAAGGUCAAUUUGAUAUAGCUAAGGAUCUGUUUACACAGGUUCAAGAAGCUGCAAGUGGAAGUUCUAAUGUCCAGAUGCCAGAUGUGUGGAUUAACCUUGCUCAUGUUCACUUUGCUCAAGGCAAUUUUGCAUUAGCUGUGAAAAUGUAUCAGAACUGUUUGCGCAAGUUCUACUAUAAUAAUGACAGUCAAGUGCUUCUGUAUUUAUCACGUACACAUUACGAAGCUGAACAGUGGCAAGACUGUAAAAAGACUUUACUAAGAGCUAUCCAUUUGGCUCCUUCCAAUUACACAUUGAAGUUUGAUGUAGGAGUUGCUCUACAGAAGUUUUCAGCGUCAACACUUCAAAAGACAAAAAGGACUGUGGAUGAGGUACGAGCUACAGUAGCAGAACUCAAGAACGCUGUUCGUUUGUUCACUUUGCUGUCGACAGCCUCAAACCUUCACUUUCAUGGGUUUGAUGAGAAGAAGAUUGAAACUCAUGUUGCAUAUUGCAAGCACUUGCUUGAAGCAGCAACUGUACACUGUGACCUUGCUGAGCGCGAAGAGAUGCAGAAUAUCCAAAGAAUGGAGGUCAUGCGUCAGAUGGAGAUGGCCGAGGAAUCCCGCAAAAAGGCAGAAGAGCAGCGGAAAGUUCAGAUGGAGAGAAGAAAACAGGAGGAUGAACUGAAGCAAGUUAUGCAACAAGAGAAGCAUUUGGACCGCAUCAAAGAACAAUGGAAGAGUAGCUCUUCUGCUCCAAAGCGCAAAGAAAAACCACAGACUGAAGACGAGGAGGGUGGACACAGUGAAAAAAGGAGGAGGAAAGGGGGAAAACGGAGGAGGAGGGACAAGAAACCACGCUAUGAAUCUGAGGAAGUCGAAGCUGAGGUGGAAGAUCAAGAUGAUUUGGAGUACGACGACACCAAUCUGGGCUACAGAGAGGAGCAAUAUAAUGAUACAAAUGACGUGGAAGAUAAAGAAGACGUUCCCCAGGAUCUUCUUGCAGCAGCUGGCCUUGAAGAUUCUGAUGCUGACGAUACUGCUGCUGAUGCGCCUUCAAGUAUGAGUCGACGAAAGGCGGCUUGGUCAGAAUCAGAUGAAGAGGAAGAGCCAUUGCAGAGGGAGGCAGAGCCAGAUCAGACGGUGGAUAUGCAGGAGAGUGAUGGAGAAGUGAACGGAGAUGGUGGUGCUGAUGACGAAGAAUGAAAAACUCCCUUUUCGGUUGAGUUUCUUCUGAAGCCAUUCAUAUAUAUAAAGUUAGAACUGGUGCCUGCACAAGCUCAAGCCCACAGCCCUUUUGAUGUAGUGAAGUAACAACACACAUAAUAGUGCAAUCUUUCCAUAUGUUGUCAGAAUUUACAUGUACUUGAUCAAAGUUUGAUGCAUGGACUUGAAUUUGGAGAGAGAGAGUAUAUUUUCUAGGAAUUAAUUGGAAGGUUUUUUUUUUUUUUAA